AUGACCCUCGUGGUCAGCUACUGGAGCUCGCAGGACAUGGCGUGGCUGGACGGGAACAGCUCGAAGGCCCGAGGCCUCUGCCAGGAGGAGCGCCCCGACGCCUGCCCCGCCCGGGUGUCCUUUGGCAACUUCUCGGUGCAGGACGUCCACGCGAAGGAGGAGCCCGCGGCUCCGGGCCGCGGGAGCUGCGACUGCCCGGCGGCGCGCAGCCCGGUGUGCGGCAUGGACGGGAAGACGUACAACAGCAGCUGCGCUGCCGUCUGCUCUGGGGUCACCGUGCACAGCGCGGGCCGGUGCCCGGGCCACUCGAUCCCGCUCCCCUCGGGCGCGAGCGACGGCCCGAGCACCACGUGGAUGCCCGCGGCGGAGACGGUGGCGAAGCUCUGCCCCACCGCGGCGUACGAGGAGCAGGAGGGCGCGUUCCUCGAGGGGGCCUUCCCGGUGGGCACGGGGGACUGCCCGGGGGGCGCGGAGUGCCAGUUCAGGACUCGAAGGAGAAACACGCGUUUUGCAACGCCCAGCCCGACUGCGCUGGGCUGCUGCGCCACCCGCUGUCCGGCGACUGCCGGGGCGGCCUGGGUUGCUUCACGCCGCGCCGCGGCGCCGUGGCGGCCGAGCCACCGUUGUUCGGGCAGCUCGGUGGCAGGUGCUGGGUGUUGA